CUCUGAUUGGACACGGCGCGAUCCAGUCCCACUCUAUAGCAUAGACCCCGCGAGGCUGCAAAAGGCCCAUCUCAAAUUUCAAACCAUUCAACUCAGGUUAUUCCAUCAUGAGCUGCAACUAUACAAAGCAUUGGUGAACCACAACACACCAAACCUCCCUAAUUCCCGCAGACCAAACGCCUUUGCCAAAUAACAUGGCAACCUCAAGCUCCCUCACGCUCUCAAGCACCACCUUCGCCAAGCUCUCCCCGCACCCCUUCCUCCUCGCCAACCUCCAACCGCCCGACCCGACAUCCACGCCCUCCGCGCGCACAAACGGGCGCCAGCCGCGCCAAGCCCGGCCCUACAGCGUCAACACAUCCUCGCUCUCGCACGCGCACGGCAGCGCCGUCGUGCGCUCCGGCGACACCACUGUCAUCUGCGGCGUGCGCGGCGAGACCCUGCUCACGAGCCAGAUCCCGAACUUUCGCGCGCCCCAAGUCGAUGCCGAUGCCGAUGCCGAUGCGAGCAACGACGAUGAGCUACGGGAUUACGACUUGUUGGUCCCGAACGUAGAGCUAGCUACCGGAUGCGCGCCUAAUUUCCUGCCGGGCGUGCCGCCGACUACGCUGGCGCAGACGCUGAGCACGCGAUUGUUCUCGCUGUUGCAUAGCUCGAAGGUACUGAGUGCGGAGGAUUUAAGGAUAUACUACGAUCCUACCGCUGCUAGUUCGCGGGGCGAGGGGGAUAUGGAUGAAGAUGAGGAUGAGGAUGAAGCUAGUGCGAUGAGGGAAGUGAAGGCGUACUGGGUGCUGUACAUCGACGUGUUGUUCAUUUCUUUCGACGGGAACCCGUUCGAUGUCGCCUGGGCGGCUAUACUGGCUGCUCUACGAGAUACUAAGCUCCCGCGCGCGUACUGGGAUGUGGAUCGAGAUAUGGUGCUGUGUUCACGACCGACUGAGUCUAAGAAACCUACUCCGUUGAGUAUACGCGGAUUACCGGUGGCGUGCACGGCAGCGGUGUUUACGGCGAAGGAGAGACAGAAGAAAGGCGGCGGCAAGUACUGGAUCCUCGUGGACCCGGAUAGGCUGGAGGAGAGCUUGUGUGACGAGACUGUGACGAUGGUGGUUGAUGGCACAGAGGGAGAGAUGAAGAUUUUGGCGAUAUCGAAGAAUGGUGGCACGGUUGUCGGACCGGCGCUGAUGAGGGAGUUUGUUGAUGUGGCUGGAGUACGAUGGAAGGAGUUCCGCGCUGUCUUACAAUAGAACAUGGCCUUGUCACUUGAGAUACCCGAAUAAUGGAAUAAACGGACACAACAUUGCAUGAGCAACUUUAAGGUCUUAUGAUGAGAUCUACUCAAGAAGCUCUCAUCAUAUUCGUGAUUCAAUGCGAGAUUAAA